CAGUCCAAGGUUUAAAAGACUCCAGGUUCUGUUACAAGUGAGGAAGACCUUUGUGUCUUUGCUUCAGCUGGUUGGUGGAAGGACUGGUAGAGGUUAGGUUUUGGCGCCACACCUGACGGAGCCAUUUUGUGCUUGUUGCUGACAGGGUGGAGAUGAUCCAGAGAGCUCCUGCGGCUCUCAUGGCUGCUGCGUCCCUCAUGAUGAGAAUAUUGCUGGUCUGUUGGUUGAGUGACCUGCUCUUCUCUUCAACAAUUUCAGCAGAAUUGCCGGGCGGAGGAUGGGACUUGCGCAGGCUUGACUACGGAAAUCGUCGGCCUCUCCACUAUGUUCGCACUCUAAGGCAGCCCAUCAUCAGAACUGCUCAAGCUUCAGGUGAUCAGGGCAUAACGCAGCAUGGAAACAUUAUACAGCGCCAGAAAAAGCCCCAAAAGCAAACCCUGAGCCUGCCACAAGUGUUCUCAUCUCAGCCUACACAGCAAAGAAACUCUCCACCUGCAAGACCCAGAGGCUUUCAGUUGAACCUUGACAUUCCCCUUUUAGAACUGGAUCAAAACCAGAUGCCACAUACAAAAGGCUCUCAUGAAAGUCCUGCCGCAGUAGUAAAUCUUCGGUCAAGCCCGCAAAGUUCUUCUUUUUCAGUUCCAGAAAAGUCAGCAGAAGACCCACACAGAUGGACGAGUGACCACGUGCCCAUUUCUCCCUCCCCAGCAGCGAAAACGCCAUCAUUGUCUCCAAGUGACUAUCUCAGACUUGCCCGUCUCAUAAAGGAAGGUACUAAUGUUCAGAGCAGAUACAUAGAGCCAGCACAACAACUGCUGGACUUGGUGCAAGCUGAAUCAAGACCACCUCUGAACUAUGCAGAUGCUGUUCGCAAACAAUUGACACAGAUUGGCUCAAAAUGGCCAAUUUUGAGCAGUGACUCUGGGAAAAAGCAGAAUGAGGAGGUUGCCAAGGAGAGUGAGGGCUGGCACCCUGCCCAACAUGGCAGUCCAGCCUUGCCUCCUGCUGAACAAAGCUGGGAUCAUCAGAAGCUAGAUGUUGGCAAACCUUCACAACAUCCUGAAAAAGUUGACUGGUACUCCAAUGCCCACACCAGUAUGGCACAAGACAAAGAUCACACUAUUCUGUCUAAUCCCAAUCUGCCGUCUUCCUCUAUUUUACAACGUGAAAUUACAGACAAAUAUUACAAAUUGCCCAGGGAAAGACAAUAUGGUAACUCUGACCAAAGCAACAUUGAAAUCAAAGGCACUGUCAAGCUUCGUGAUCCUGAUUUCAGCCAAGGUUCCCAGAAGACAGCAGAACCUGGUCGUGAGCCUUCUUCUCCAAGACUGCAUCUCAGCUUGUCUCUCCCCAUUAAAGCCAAAACUCCAAAUGUUGAAGUCCAACGUACUAGCAACAGACAUGUUAAGACUGCUCAAAUGUCAACCCAGCCUGGCUCCACCUGGCAAUCUUCAAGUUCUGAUUACACAAAACCUGCUCCUCAAACUGAGACGAAAUGGCCCAUUUUAAGUGUUGAUACUGGCCAUCAAAACUACCCACAGCAGCCACAGGACUACAUUCAAACCAAACCUGCAGUCAAACUACCAUUUUCAGCACACUACUCCAACCGUCAGACCUCACCACCAUGGCCCAACCAGGACGAAACCUUCCCAGGGCCGAGUCCUGCUUUUCAUAAACCAGCAACAGCCAAACCGUCUCCAGUCUCCUACAGUCCAACCCACAGCAGACAUGACUCGUAUAUCAACUAUCCACAUCCAAGAAAUGACCUUAACCAUGCUACUGGGCUUACCCCAUCUCUGUCUCAAAUGACCCCCAGCUUGUACCACAGUUCUUCAGGCAAGUUCUCUGAACCUCCCCGUGGCAUUCAGCUUUCUUCUGCUCCUGAAAGUGAUCGCUAUGGUAGGUUUAAACCAUCCACGGAGCGUGCAAGGACUCCAGAGAGGAUGCAUCUUGGUUCUACAUAUGACCUUACAACACUGAAGCCUCCCAACUGGUAUGCGGCUGCUGCGACCUCUUCUUAUGAAACAAGAAGGCCACACCACCAACAGAAACAUGUCUUUCCUGAGGAAUCCUCUCAGCAGAGACACAGGUUUCCUACAGGGUAUGAAACCCAGAAGAAACUCCCAGAAUGGAAAGCUGGCCAGGAUGGGCGGGACAAAUCUGCAAAGAUUUAUAUCAAUAUUGAGCAUGGAGCUGUUGACUCUGAUGGGCAGUCGGACACUAAAACUGAUGGCUACCAAAGAAAAUGGCAUGGAGACGAAGGACCGCAAAGUCAAACUGCCAACCCAAGCACGAUUAAUCUACAGGCUCUGAUGUCACUGGACAAAGGUGCACUUGCAGAUCUGCUGAAGUCUCAUCAGAGCAAGAAGCCUUCAUAUGCCCAGAGCGGUUGCAUGGGUCGAGCAGGUGACUGUUCCCAUCACUUCCCAAGACCAGACUCGUACUCUCCAUAUGCCGAAGCAACUUCUGUCACCGACCCUUCAAAUGCUCAGCAGUUCUUUGAGUCGAGGUCUUACCACUUUUAAGAGGUCAACAAGGAACCACAACAAAAGAGUUCCAAGCCAUGCCAGUAACUACUUUUAACCAUUGCACUGUUUGACAAUUUUCCUUGGUUUUCAGGCCUGCCCUUAUCCAUGUAUCAUGUGUUCUUUCUAAACUCUUGUUCUUAAAAAAAAUGAUAAAUAAAACUAGAUCCUUAAACUGAC